GGAGGGGGGUGAAGCUAAGGAAUCCAUCUAGGAGAUUUAGGAGGAGAAGCAGUCCCGCCCCUCUUCUCCAGCUGCUCCCCAGCAGGCCUCUCCCUGGAAGCCUGAGUCCAGAGAGCUGGAGGUGCUGACUCUGAGGACAGGAAAAUGGGCCCUGCCGGCUGUCUCUUCCUGCUGCCCCUUCUGCUGGGGUCUUGCCUAUCCUUUUCUCUCCAAAAGAAGUCUCUGCAGUCAGUGUGUGGACGACCUGUGUACUCAAGCCGUGUUGUGGGUGGCCAGGACGCUGCUGCCAGGCGCUGGCCUUGGCAGGUCAGCGUGCAAAUAGGUGGGACCCACAUCUGCGGGGGUUCCCUCGUCAGUGACAGGUGGAUACUGACAGCAGCACACUGCAUAAGCACGAAAUGGAUUCCUUUCUUAUAUACUGUGUGGCUUGGAUCAACUGAAAUAGGCAGUUCAAAUACAGGUGUGAGGCAUCAAGUGUCCCGAAUCGUCCUCCAUCCCAAAUACCAGGGUACCACUGGAGACAUCGCCUUGUUGAGGCUGCUCUCUAGAGUCACCUACAGUUCUUCCAUCAUGCCCAUCUGCUUGCCCAAUGUCAAACAGAAGUGGAAAGUUCCAGACUUCUGCUGGGUGACUGGAUGGGGAAAACUGAAAAAUGAAGAUUCUGAUUACGCUUCCACCCUUCAGGAAGCAAAAAUACCCAUCAUUGAACGCCAGACUUGUGAAAAAAUCUACAAUCCAGUUGGUUUCUUAUUGCCAGAAACAGAGCCGGUCAUCCAGGAAAGCAUGAUUUGUGCUGGUGAUCUUAAACAAAAAAAGGAUGCUUGCCAGGGUGAUUCUGGAGGGCCUCUGUCAUGUCAGAUUGAUAAUAUAUGGAUCCAGAUAGGACUGACAAGCUGGGGAGUGGGAUGCAGUCAAUCUUUUCCUGGAGUCUACACCAAUGUGAUCUACUAUCAACAAUGGGUUAACACCGUUAUCUCGAGAGCUGAGGUCUUGGCUGCCAACAAUCUGGACUUACUUGACUUACUGUCCUCUAUUGUACUGCUUUCUCUGGCUCUCCUGGGACCCUCCUAUGCCUUUGGGCACAUUUCCCUAGGAGAGUAGGCAGUAUAGCUGAAACUCCUGGCCAAACAGGGCUAGAAAGGGAAGGCACUGAGAAUACACCUCAGGGGCAGAAAACUCAUAAGGAGGGUCACUGGGAA